CCCGCGCCCCAGGCGCAGCGGGAGGAGCGGCAGCACCCUGCCCGAGCACGCAGCGGGCGCGGGGGCGGUGGGUGCCGGCGGGUCGCAGCGGUGCCGCCGAGCGCCCAUGGAGCCGCGGUGGCACUACCAGUUCCGGGUGAUCAUGCUGGGGGACUCCACGGUGGGCAAAUCCUCGCUGCUGCGGCGCUACACCGAAGGCGUCUUCCUGGACGCCGUCAACCAGACGGUGGGGGUGGAUUUCUACGUUCAGUUCGUGGAGCUGGAGCCGGGGCUCCGCGUCAAGCUGCAGUUCUGGGACACGGCCGGGCAGGAGCGGUUCAGGUCCGUGACGCGCUCCUAUUACCGCAACUCGGCGGGGGGGAUGCUGCUCUUCGACCUCACCAACCGCGCCUCCUUCGAGAGCGUCCGGCGGUGGCACCGCGAGGUGACGGACACGGUGCAGCCCUUCCGCGUCGUCUUCCUGCUGGUGGGCCACAAGAGCGACCUGGAGGCCGAGCGCAGGGUGGGCAGGAGGGAGGCCGAGCGGCUGGCGGCCUCGCUGGGCGCCCAGUACGUCGAGACCUCGGCCAAGGACGCCAGCAACGUGGCCCAGGCCUUCCAGAUGCUGACGCUGGCCAUCUACCGGGCGCUGCAGAGCGGGCUGCUCGCCCCCUGCGAGGCGUGGGACGGGGUGAAGAGCAGCGGCCCGCUGCCCGCGCCGCUCCCGGCUCACGCGGCGGGGAAGGAGGAGAAGAGGAAGAAGUGCUCGUGCUAGGGCCGGGGGCUCCGAGCCGCCCGGUUCUGCUGAUGUGUCAGAGGUGAAGCAGAAAUCGGGCAGCCAGGGGCGGGGAGGGGCAGCAGGAGAACAUUAAACACCCCGUGGUCAC